UGUCACGGAUAGGAGGGAUCCAUGCCUAUUCAUGUUCAGUAGCACGGAUUUGGACGCGGAAGUGUGUGGCUCCAACUUAAAAUGUGGAUCACUGUAACUAUAAUUGUUGCUUCUCUUAUUGCCGUUAUAUUUAAAUAUGCGUUCAGACGUAGCGGACCGAAUCCUUUUGAAAUCGAUACUCGUGAGCCAUUGAAACCCAUGGUCACAGUGAAGAAGGAGAAAAACAAAGUUCUGAAGCAGGGUUUCUUGGCCAGCAAGGUACCUGAGAACCUCGAUGCCAUUGUUAUCGGCAGUGGAAUUGGGGGUCUUGGGGUAGCGGUCCUUCUUGCUAAGGUUGGGAAGCGUGUCUUGGUUCUGGAGCAGCAUGAUCGGGCUGGAGGCUGCUGCCACACAUUCUCAGAGAAAGGCUAUGAGUUUGACGUGGGUAUCCACUAUAUUGGGGACCUGCUGGAGCACAAGCCCUUUCGCUGCAUGGUGGACCAGCUGACCAAUGGGCAACUGCAGUGGGAGCCCCUGGACAACCCGUUUGACCAUGUGGUGUUGGGGCCUCCUGAGAACAGACGCAUCUACCCCAUAUACAGUGGAACGAACCGCUUCCCAGAUGAGCUCAAGAAGUGCUUCCCUGGAGAAGGGGCGGCCAUCGAUGAGUACAUGAGGCUGAUCAAGAAAGCCGGACGUGGUGUUUGGUUCCUGGCUCUGCUGAAGCUCGUUCCCGUCCCCUUGGCCAAGUUCCUGGUGUACACAGGUCUGGCUGGCCGGCUCUCCUCCUUUUUCCGCAUGGCGUCUCACAGCGUCACUGAGGUGGUCAGUGAGCUGACUGAGAACAAGGACCUCAGGGCUGUCUUCAGCUACAGCUUUGGCACUUAUGGUAACAUGCCAAAGGACGCCAGCUUCUCCAUGCACAGCCUGCUGGUCUGCCACUACCUGACUGGCGCCUGGUACCCCAAAGGCGGAGCCAGUGAGAUCGCCUAUCACAUGAUCCCCAUCAUUGAGAAAGCCGGCGGUGCCGUGCUUGUCCGGGCGCCGGUCAACCGCAUUCUGUUCAAUGACAACAAGGAGGCUAUUGGUGUGAGCGUGAUGAAGGGUCAGGAGGAGGUCCAUGUGCGUGCUCCGAUGGUCAUCUCAGACGCCGGCAUCUUCAACACCUACAACCAGCUGCUGCCUAAGGAGCUGCAGGCCAUGCCAGCCAUCCAGAACCAGCUUGGAAUGAUGAAACACGGGGAAGGAGGCCUGAGCAUUUUCCUGGGCCUGACUGGAACCAAGGAGGAGCUGGGCCUCAAAGCAGACAAUUACUGGAUAUUCAAAGAGAACAACAUUGAUGAACUGGCCGAAACUUAUAUGAAGGGAAAAAGGGAGGAGUCAGUGAAAAAUGUGCCUUUCGUCUUCGUGGCCUCUCCAUCAGCCAAAGACCCCACCUGGGAGGAGCGAUCUCCAGGCAAGUCCACUCUCAGUCUAGUGAGCUUUGCUAAAUAUGAGUGGUUUGAGGAUUGGAAGAAUGAUAAGGUGACCAACAGAGGAGCUGAGUAUAAGAACCUGAAGGAGAUACUCUGUGACUCGAUUCUGGAAGUGGUGACAAGUGUCUUCCCCAAGAUAACUAGGGACAAGGUUGAGUACAUUGAUGCUGGAACCCCCAUCACAAACUCGCACUACAUUGGCUGUCCUAAAGGAGAGAUCUAUGGUGCGGACCAUGGCAUUGCACGGUUCAGCCCCGAGUGCAGCGCCACCGUCCGGCCCCGGACACCUCUGAAGAAACUUUACCUCACAGGUCAGGAUGUGUUUCUGUGUGGCUUUGCUGGCGCGCUGGCAGGGGCUCUGACCUGUGGCUCAGCCAUCCUCCACCGUAACCUGCACCUGGAUGCUGUCGCCAUGGCCAACAAGACCAAACCGGUCAAUGUUAAGAAGUUGGAAUAAAGCUUAUAGAAUAUAAAACAUAAGAGGUUUGUCAUAGGAUGUUUCUGAACUCACACUUUAUGAAUGUAUAUGUAUCAGUGUAAUCAUCACCGGAUCAUGGAUCAUUAAUACAUCAAUGUAAGGUACUCAAGUGUAACGAUAAUGCAUUAAUAAUCAAGGAACCCUAAUGGCUCUAUUCUUUUUAUACACAUUUCUGAAGCCUGCGCCACCAAUAUUUAACAGGGAACGGAUCUUGGAAGGUUGCGAAACAAUGGUGGCAGAUGGGGAGAGCGAUCCGCCCCGGAAUUAGCAUAAGGGGAUGGUCAGGAAUGUUAUGCAAGAUAUCACUGUAUAAAUGGGUGUUCCCGAGUUUACAAGACAGUUGUUCCUGCAGGUCAACUCUGCUUUUAUGAUCACUCAUUUAAAGUCUAACUUGAAUCCACAAACUCCUGAGUUAUUGCAUGUUUGUGAGUUGUUGCAUCCUUUGUGGCGAGAAGACACAUUUUUCCACGACAAGCUAAAAAAAACAUAAUCAUAAGGCAGAACCAACUCAUGUAAAGCCCCCUCCCCCCCUAAGACUUCCAGUGCCUUUUGCACAUUGCCCUACACACACUAUAUGUAAUUGUUUGAAACCUGGAUGUUUUACUUUAGAUUUUGUGGUGUCUUUACCUACUACGAGGUACCAUAGACUGAAUCUGACUGUCAAUCCCCAUUAAUGAGGAUUUUUUUUUUUUUUAACUGACCCAAGAUCAGCAUGAAUGGACAACUUCACCCAACUCUACUCAGUUGGUAAGAGCAAGAUGCUCAGGUUUGUGGGUUUGACUCCCAUGGGGUGGGAGGUACAACGUAGUAUGAAAAUGUUAAGUUCUGCUGGAUAAGAGCAUCUGCUACAUAAUUUCAAAAUAAAAUGGAAAAAAAUGUAUCAAAAGCUUUAAUAACAUGACACCAUAUUGAGGACAUAUGGUCAAUGCAACUCAACAUGGCCGCUAUGCUUGUGGGAUGUGACUCUAUUCCAAUGUUAAGUGCUCAUCGCCUUCUAGUGUGGGGAAAACAGUUUGUCUUUCUUGAUUCCAUUCAAUUGAAGUAGUCUCUAUGCUUGAAUUCACAUGCAGGUUUAAACCAUUGUCUUGAAUGCCCAAAGAUAAUGAUCCCCAUUGACAUGAUUAACACUUACAUAUUACAAUUUGACUUACGCAAAGAAAAAACGUGUUAAGGGGAGUACAAUUCAGUAACAUUUAUAUUUGAUAAAAUACCAAUCCAACAACCCAUACACAUAUACUUUCAGAAAUUUUGUGAAAGUAAACUGCAGUAAUUUAGGUUAAAACACAAAAAUACUGUACAUUUGGUUUAAAACCCCUGUCUCUAACCUGGAUUCAAAUGUGAAUUCCUUCACUGAGAACAAUAGUCUGUAUUGUAUAUCUAUUACCAUGCAUUGCAAUAAAUGAGUUACUUGCUCCUUA